AUGGACUGUCAGAUGUUGCCUUUAGAGGUUUUCGAGACCAUCCUCACAUAUCUGGAUCUUGACUCCGUCAAAGCCCUUCGUCUAACAAACCGAGGGCUCGCGGGAAAGUGCAUCGGACCCCGGUUCUUAGCCACCAUUCAACAACCGAUUUUCGAAGUAUCGCUAGAGAAUCUUCGUUCAUUUCAUGCCUUGGCCUGUAGCCCUUCUCUCAGCAAGAGGAUCCAUUCGCUGACCCUUCUGGCAACAAGCUUAGACUCUUCCGAGUUAGAGAAGAACGUGAAGUGUGGACAAUACGCUGCGCGGAGUCUCAAUGGGCCCUUUUUUGAAUCUUCUACCAUCGAUUAUUCCCCCGAAGAACUGUCAAAGGCCAUCUCUGACCUUGGCUGGUUAAGAGAGCAGCAACAAGCAAGGGCCAAUGAGUCAUCAAGCGAGAUGGUUAAGCUUCUUCAACUUGCGCUCGAGGGAUUUAGCAAGUUGGAUUCGAUUCACUUAGAUGCUGCGUUCAUGCUCGGACGUACGAACAGAGAAUCGGCCGAUUAUGGGGAGUGGCAUCCACUCUGGAUGCGAGCGUCGCACGUAUUCUCCGUGCUUUUGACGGCAAUAGUUCACAGUGGGGUUUCAGUCAAGAAACUCGACAUAUAUCGCGAUACUCCCAGAUGCUGUAUUCCAUCCGGUCGCAUCACCACCUAUGCAUCAACCUUCAGCCCGGGCCAGCUAGGGAUACUAGGCAAGGGUCUAGAAUCUCUAAAACUUAGCAUGUCUGGGGAGAUACAUGACACUUUGGACAUCGCCGGAUCAGAAGACGAGGACGGCUGGGGGGGACUUUUAUCCCGCGAUGAUCCUCGUGCAGUGCUAGCUGAUGGCACCCCGGGAAUUGUAUCCCUACUCAAACCCGCGUCGGCUCUUCGAGAGCUGGACCUAUCUUUCCGUAAUACCCUAAUAGAUGGGAAGCUGGAAAGCUACGACCGGAUCAUAGCAAGUAUUUCUCAGGAAACCCAGUUCCCGAGCCUUGAAACAUGUGCACUUUCUGGUUUCAUGGCAAAAGGCGAGUCGAUUCUGCUAUUACUCCAGAAACAUGCCGAUCUCCACUCUCUCACGUUGCAUGAGUGUACUCUGACGACUGGGUCAUGGACACCAAUUAUUUCGCAUAUCGACCAAUCUAUGCCAAGCCUACAGAGCCUCAGCCUCUCGAACCUGUAUGGAAAGCAUACGCAGAAUCUGAAGUAUGCACAAAAUGCCGAUUCCGUUGAUUCAAACGGUAGAGAUCAACAAGAAGAGGAGGGCGAGCAGGAGGUCGAUGGAAUUAUGAAUCUUCAUCCCGUCUGGGACACCGAUCAACAACCCCGUUCGAGGUACCUGCAGGAGCCUGGAGGGAAAUGCGUGCACACCAGGAGCUUUACCCGUGAAGAAUUGAAGAAAGGGCUUGUUUUUCGGCCGCUAAGAAGGGGAUGGGGACGGGUUAAAGGCUCUUUUGAGCUUAUGCAGUGGAGAAAGUCUCGGAGAGCACUUUAUGGACCUCCGUAG